AUGGCCCGCGUGGUGGGAGAAGGGAUGUCCGAGACUGUCGUGGGAGUAGGCGUGAUGCUGAGCCGGCGGAGGGGUAAAGGCAGGCGGAGAAAGCGAAAGGAGUUGUUCGCCGUACAGAUGUGCUUCUUGGGCAUUCUGCUGGGACUCGUUGUUGGGCUCAAGAAUGUGGAACAAAAAGAAUACCAUGUUCCAAUCUCCACAAUGCUUGAAGAAUCAAGGUGGGAGAGCCGUCACCUUCUCCAAGAAUUUUAUGACAACCAGUCUAAGCUUUUCACAGAACUUGACACAAACUGCACUGAACCAGCUAUCCAUGAGUUCCCCAGAGAUUACUUCACGAACCAGGAACGAAUCGAUGGAGCUGUGGGACUGCAUGUGCUCUGUGCAAUCUAUAUGUUCUACGCCUUGGCUAUUGUGUGCGAUGAUUACUUCGUCCCCUCACUGGACAAGAUAUGCGAGCGCCUUCAUCUUAGUGAGGAUGUUGCAGGGGCAACUUUCAUGGCUGCAGGAAGUUCAGCACCUGAAUUGUUCACCUCAGUCAUAGGAGUAUUUAUUACUAAAGGGGAUGUUGGUGUUGGCACCAUUGUGGGUUCAGCUGUCUUCAAUAUCCUCUGCAUUAUUGGAGUAUGUGGCUUAUUUUCUGUGCAGACCAUCCACCUGUCCUGCUGGCCUCUACUCAGAGACUCUACCUACUACACUCUAUCAAUCUCAGCACUGAUUGUGUUCAUUUAUGAUGAAAAAGUAGUUUGGUGGGAAGCACUCACCUUGAUCCUGAUGUAUUUCGUCUAUAUUUUGAUAAUGAAACUUAACUCCCACGUGGUUCGAUUUCUGGAGAGGAGGAAGAAGAACUCGGCCAGCUUGAGGAAUGGAGCCGCUAAUAACGGCGAGCUAGAUGAUGGCUCUGAUGCUACUGCUGUCCUGUUGAAAAAAGCAAACCGCCACAGAAAGACAUCAGUUCUGAUGGUUGACGAGCUGCUGUCAGCGUACCCCCACCAGCUGUCCUUCUCCGAGGCCGGCAUGAGAAUCAUGAUCACCAGCCAUUUCUCCCCAAGAACCCGCCUCACGAUGGCCUCACGAAUGCUCAUCACUGAGAGGCAACGUCUGAUCAACACACGGACUUUGACCAACGGUGACUCAGACGGGCCAGUGAAAGGGUCAAACAAACGUACCAUAGAAAAUGGACUGUCCGGAGCAGAGCGGGGUGUCAACUUGCGGCGUGAGGAUCACGUGGCGGGCAAUGACACGGAGAAUGAAGAUAAUGAGAACAAUGAGAAUGAUGAGGAUGAAGAGGAAGAGGAUGGAGAGGGACCUUUUGUGCCAUUCCAGUGUCCAGCUGGUGUCUGCAACAAGGUGAAGUGGCUGCUAGCCUGGCCUCUUUGCCUGCUGCUUUACUUCACCGUGCCCAACUGCUCCACACCUCGAUGGGAGAACUGGUUUAUGCUGUCUUUCGUCAGCUCAACCCUUUGGAUCGCUGCCUUCUCUUACAUCAUGGUUUGGAUGGUAACAGUGAUUGGUUUCACUCUUGGCAUCCCGGACGUCAUCAUGGGCAUCACCUUCUUGGCAGCUGGGACCAGCGUCCCUGAUUGUAUGGCCAGCCUCAUUGUGGCAAGACAAGGAAUGGGAGACAUGGCGGUAUCCAACUCCAUCGGUAGUAAUGUGUUUGACAUCUUGGUGGGCCUCGGCCUCCCCUGGGCCCUGAAGACACUGGCUAUUAACUACGGAUCUGACAUCAAAUUAUACAGCAAAGGACUGAUAUUUUCCGUCGGCCUUCUGUUGGCGUCUGUGUUUCUGACGGUUAUUGGAGUUCACCUGAACAAGUGGACGCUGGAUAAACGCCUUGGUGUCGCCUGUCUCCUCCUCUACUCUGUCUUUCUGUGUUUUUCUUGCCUCAUCGAGUACAACAUCUUCACCUUUGUCAACCUGCCCACCUGUAGGGAUGAGUGA